CCAAACAGCAAGUUUAUUAAUGAGUAAAUCUAUAAACUAAUUUACCAUGUUUAUAGAUAUUUACUAUAGGUUUCGGCAUGAAUCUUUAUCUUUUUACCAUCUAUUUGAGUGUCCUGGUUUAUAGGAGAUUAAGGCAUCUUGGGCACUUUUAGUUUAGACCGUGACCAACUCGGUUGGGGGAUCAUUAGAAUAGGUUAAUUAGAAAUUAUAAUUAUACUUUAGAAAAAUGUGGACUUCUAAUUAUACGGUUUGGUGUGUUGUGUUUUUUGGAUCAGUUUUUAGGGAUAUAUUUUGCCAGACAAGGAUAGCAGAAAAUUGUCCACCACUACAGCCGCCAAUGGAUAAUUUAACACAAGAAGAAUUUUUAGCUGCUUUAACAUCAAGCUGUCGAUACGAUCGAUUGAUUCGUCCACCUUCCGAAAAUCGAUUAGAUGUCGAUUUUCAAAUUGACGUAAAACAUAUUGAAAAUGCAGGAAACACUCAAUUCAAAUCGCAUCUUUUGGUUCAAGUUUCUUUCCAAGAUGACCGAUUGAAAUUCGCAGACCUUUCACCUAAUAGAGGUAACAUUCUUGGACAGGAAACUCUAAGAAGUAAAGUUUGGGUCCCCCAUAUUGUGGUCAAGAACGAACGAAAUUCUGGAUUAAUGGGUUUAGACCAGAAAGAUGUAUUUGUUAAAAUAAACCCUUCUGGAAGAGUUUUGUAUUCUUUCCGAAUGACCACCACGUUUUACUGCGCUAUGAACCUUAGAAAGUUCCCGUUUGAUAACCAAUUGUGUGAAAUAAUCUGGACAAGCUGGGCGUACAAUGAUACAAAUCUACAUCUGCAAUGGGUGAAGUAUGAGCCAUUCACCAUAGCAAAGAAUCUUCAUUUAACUGAAUUUUCCUUAGAUGACAUGUGGGUAGAAGAUGCUACAACUCAAGACACCGGCACCGAUAAAUGGGAUGAUGGAUACAGUUCUUUGGUCUUUAAGUUUAAGUUAAAGCGUGAAGUUGGUUACUACAUUUUGGACUACUUUUUACCAUCAAUUUUGCUCGUCAUGAUCUCAUGGUUUUCGUUCUGGAUUCAGACAGAUUCAAGCCCUGCCAGAACAACUUUAGGUACCACAACCAUGUUGUCGUUUAUCACACUAAACGGAAACGUUAUGAAAAAUCUACCUAAAGUGAACUAUGUGACAGCGAGUGAAGUCUGGUUUUUCGGAGGAGCUACUUUCAUAUUCUUAUCCUUGGCUGAGUUUGCUUUUGUCAAUAUCAUCUGGAGAAGGAAGAAGAAGGUCGAAAUUGCAAAGCAGAGCAGCAAAUACAUCCUGAAAGGAGCUGUUUCUCCAAGAUUAGCAAGAAAGGAAGUUAGGAAACUAGAUUCGUUCUCAAGUGCCGAUAAUAGAUUCUCCGGAAACUUCUCGAAUGCUCAUGGAUCAUCAAAUUCGCUUAACGUGCCUACUAUCAACGCUCCCACAACUUGUGGCGGCAGCGAUCAAAACGUUGAAGCUGGUUCACCACCAACACCGACGCCAUCUCAGCAAUGGGCCGAAAUGAACCCACGUGACGUUGCUAUCUGGAUUGACAGAAAAGCAAGAAUCGUCUUUCCUGCCACGUUCCUCGUUUUCAAUAUCCUUUAUUGGAACUUCGUUUAUGCAUUGUAAAAUUGUAACAAAAACUUGAGUUUUAAAUACCUAUUUGUUUUAUAGUUAUAUAUUAAGUUUUUCAUUUAACUAAUGUAAUUCAACUGUUAUUAUUAACCAGUUAUUUAUUAAACUUUAGUUAGAUGAACAUGAA